AUGUCAUCAAGCAACUACAUCAAGAAGGUUGCCAUCGUCGGUGCAACCGGCACAGUUGGAAAGUUCAUCGUGGAAGAACUUCUGAAGCUGGGCAAGCAUGAAGUGACCGCGAUCACGCGCAAGGACAGCCCGGCCGCCAGCUCCAUCCCCGCGGGCGUGAAGGUCGCCGCCGUGGACUACAGCGACGAGUCGAGCCUCGUCGACGCCCUGAAGGGCCAGGAUGCGCUGAUCAUCACCAUGAACGUGCAGGCGCCGCCAGAGACGCAGCUGCAGCUGAUCCGCGCCGCCGCGGCCGCCAACGUGCCUUACGUCCUGCCGAACGAGUGGGGGUGCGACAUGGCGGACGAGCAGUUCGGCAAGGAGAUCUUCCUGGGCGGCUCCGAAGUUCCCGCUCGGAAGCUGGUCGAAGAGCUGGGCAAGAGCUCGUGGAUCGCCGUGGUUUCCGGCUUUUGGUACGAGUACUCGUUGGGCAUGGGCGAGCAAUGCUACGGUAUGGACGUGAAGAACAAGACGUGGACCUUCUUCGACGAUGGCGAGACCAAGAUGAACACUACCACUUGGCCACAAUCGGGACGAGCCGCAGCUAAACUACUCUCAUUACCUAUCGAACCAGAGACGCCAGGAGGUCCGAGCCUAUCCAGCUUCAAAAACAAGUUCGUAUACGUGUCCUCGUUCCUUCUUAGCCAAAAAGACAUGUUCGAAUCAGUUCUCCGUGUCACGGGAACCAAGGAGUCGGACUGGACGAUCAAGUAUGAGGAUAGCGUCAAGCGUUAUGAAGAAGCCAAAAAGAGGGCACUUUCCGGAGACAUGACAGCUUUCCCUAAGCUCCUAUACAGCAGAGCUUUCUACAAGGACGGCGUUGGCAACUUCGAGGCUCGACGUGGAGGUCUUGCCAAUGACAUUUUAGGUCUACCAAAAGAGGACCUAGAUGAGGCAACCAAGAUCGGCGUUUACCGUGACGAGAACGGUCUCAGAUACAAACACGUAGACGCCGCGAAGUAGCUCAAUGUAAAUAGUGCACUAGAUUAGGUACUAUAAGGAAGAAAUUCUCCAUUUAAAAUGUAUUUUUGCUGUUGCCAUUUGUGAGCUUAGAGUUAGGUUCUGUUUUUAUCAAACUAUUCCAGGACUUGCUCGACCAAAAAGCAGUCCUGAUGAUGGGCUCAUGGGCAUGUACCUGGUCAGAGCGUAAUAUAUGCCACCGGCAAUUAUGCUCGGGUCGAUAGGCAUAUGUGGCCAUGAGACGAAAAAGGAACCAGCCACCGUAAAGAUCAUUACGCUCAGAAGACUAACGGCCAUCCAAAGACACACCGUAUGUGCCCAGAAGGUUUCUGUGCACUUGUCCAACGCUAUGCUAAGAAGCAAGGGUAGAAUUUCGGACAAAAUGGACGUGACUGAAACGAUGCCUAGAUAAACAUCUCGUCGUCCGGGCGUCAGUGAGGAUCUAAUACCGCUGAAAGCAUCGGUUGGAGGUGUCAUC